UCGCUUAUGAUUUUGCGAGUUUAUUUUUUCAUUAUUUGAUUAUUAACAUGAGUUUUAAUAUCGACGACCCAUUGGCGGGCAUACUAAGCGAUGGAAGUGACGACAGCUUCUUUGAUGAUGAUAUAUUGGGAAAGAAAAAACCUGUAAAAAAGAUAGGUACCCCAACUCCUGAAAAAAAGAGCGCCUUGUUCAAUUUAGAUAUCGACAAACCAAGCACUAGUAUUUCUGAAGCUAAAAAGGAUUCGUUGUUUGAUUUGGGUAAGCCAGAUGUAAAAUCAGAAGAGCCGAAAACUUCAAGUUUUAAGCCAGUUUCACCAGCUCCUUUCAAACGCACCCUUUCCAAAGAAUCUGUGAAAUUUGAUUCUAAAAAGUCGGUGGAGACUGCGAAAUCACCAGCAAAAGCUAAAAUCAGUGCGAGUGCAGACUCUCUUGACAUAUUAGGAGACUUGAACUUUGAUACGAAGAAAGAUGCAGGGCAAAAGUCUAUUGAGAAGGGCAAAAGUUCGCAGUCAUUGCUAGAUGAUAUUCUUGGAGGCAGUUCAGCAAAAACACCCAGUUCCACUCAAAUUACCCGCCCAGCUACUGCUGCUAAGAGUCAGGAGUUUGACUUCGAUUCGAUUUUGGGUAAAAGUGAAUCGAAACCCAGUGUAUCAAGCAAGAACGUUCCUUCAAAACAACCUGCUAAAACUGAAAAACCUAAAGAUGUAGCGCCUAAGAAAAAGACUAGUGAAGACUGGCUGGGAAUAUUUCAGGAUAAAGAAGAAAAUGAGGAUGCUACUGAUAUGCCAUCUUGGCUUGGUGGUGGAGAUUCUAAAAAGAAAAAGGCUGCUAAUAAUGAAACUAAAGAGCCACCGCAGAAGGCAAAAGAGGUUGCGAAAGAGGAAGAAAGAGAUGUAGUAACAGAAAAAGACGAGAGAAAGGUAAAAGAGUCAGUAGUAGAACCAAUGCAAACAAUUAAUCCAAUGUUGAAACCUGUCGUAUUACAAGGUAGCAAUGAAGACCUAACGGCAGAGGGUGCAGCUAUGUACAUGCAGGAGCAAGAGUCGCAGCUGAUGGUCGCUCUGCAAUUGAAGGCGCAGGAAGAAAAGCUUGCUUCUAUGAAAAUGCGUCAAAAUGAGAGCCAGCGCUUGCACCGCGAAGCAGCGCGGGCGCAUCACGACCAACUGGACGCCAUGCUGCAGAGACAGAUGCAGCAUCGCGCUCAAAUGCAGGCCAUCAUUAGCGCGCACCAGGAGAGGAUAAGCCAGAGGAUCAAGGCUCUAUUAGGCACAUCGAACACGGAGGAAAACAUAAAUUCCAGUGACGAACUUGACGGAGCACCAGGUGAGCGGAAAGAAAGUCCUCAUAUGAAAGAAAAGAAGCAGCUGUUGCAAUUGGUUCAGUCUUUGCAAGAGAACCACGACAAAGAAAUAGAUUUGAUGGAAACAUCUUAUAGACGACAACUGGCCUUCCUAGAAGUAUCACUAAGUCAAGGCGAAGAAAGAAUGAAAGAAGAAAGCGAGAAGUUGUCAAAGUUCUAUUCGGAGAAGAUACAUUGGCUGGAGGAACAUCAAGAGCUGUACAAGAAGCUUACAGAAGAGAACUUGACAGCUCUGACGGAACGUCAUAAGGCUGAGAAUGAGAUGUUAAGGCAACAGCACCUUGAAAACAUCAGGAUCCUUCAAGAACACCAUGCAACUCUGAUGGAUAACAUAAAGAAUGCAGUAAAGCAAGAACAAACCCUCAUUCAAGACGCAGCAGGUUUUUCUUCGAAUCUUCAAGAGCUGGUAUCAGAUGUAAAGGAGAAUAAAACACAGUUUCAACAGCUGGUUGAUAGAGUUCAAUCGCUUGCAGAGAACACACAACGUGAAGCAGAAAGAAGUGUAGAAUCAAGGCAAACUCAAAUUAAUGAUAUGAUCCAGCAGCUGAAAACCGAUCGUGAAAACUUUGAAAAAGAAAAAAUAGAAAGCAGAGAAAUAGUAAAGUUAUUGGAAUCGAGACUCAAACAGAUGAAUGAGUCAAUAGAAGAAGAGAUGGCUAAUAUGAAGCAGAAGAAAAUGGAAUUUGAAUUUGAAAAGGCGACAUUCAAUAAGCAGACGGAAUUUGCCAAAAAUGUUCUGAAGAAACAAGACGAAGAAAUUAAGAUGGUGAAAGAAGAUAUGCAAAGAGAAUUCCGUGAGAAAAUAGACAAACUUAAUGAAGAGAAAAUGCAUGUACAAAAAGAUAGCAUCAUAUUGGCGAAAGAAAAAGCUUCAAUACAAAGCAUAAAACAAGAGCUGGAGAAAAUGAAAGCUGAAUUGCAGGCUCAAAUGGAAGAAGUUGCAGAAGAUAGAUUGAGAUUGAAUUUGGAAAAACAACAGUCACACAUGGAUGAACAGAGAAUUAUGGCAAAAGGCCGCGAUUUAGAACUUUUAGUAAAAGCUGCAAUGGAAAAACAAUCUCAAGCAGACAAAAAGUAUUCCGAAGCCGAACUCAUCCAAAGCAAAUAUGAAGAAAGAAUACGUCGCAUUCAGGAACACGCUGUAUCAUUGAACGCAAGGGAAAAACAAAUAGCUAAGGAAAAAGUAUCCUUAUCGAGAGAAAGAUUAGCCCUUCAUAAUGAAAAGAAACAAAUGGAGAGCAGACAACAGUGUUCUUUAUGUAAAUCAACCCAACAAGUUCCACUUUAUAACUUUGAGACUGCCAAUACCUUUCCUGAUAGUUACCACAAUGUAUCAGUUUCGAGAGACGAAGGUGAUUCCAAUGUUAUGUCUGCUAUGAAAGCAAUUGCUCAAGAAUUGGUGAGUUUGAAACUGAAAAAGCAAAUGGAUUUACGUCAAAGGUCUGAGUUGAGUAGAAUGUCGAUAUCAGGGCAUGAUGAUAGACACAUGGAAGAUAUCGGACCACAAUCUGAUAGUUUGCAACCACAACCAGCAAUGGAGUCUACGUCUGGAGGUUUCAAGGACUAUAUGGAUCCAAAAUUUAUGAUGUUGCGACUUGAUAUCCAGAAAAUGUUUGGCAACUUGGACCAAAGCGAUAAGGAAGGUGGCGAAGACGGUGCAGACGAAAAAGAAGAAUAGUAAUUUAGGUAUACUUAUUAUAACUUUCAUAUAAGAUUAACCAAUAAAAGACUGAAUAAUUACAAUUUCAU